UUCAGUUUCAACACAUUAGUUCUGGUUCGUUCGAAAAAGUAGACAGUCAAAAUUUUAGUAAAGACAAAAAAACACCCAAAGAAUCUCAAAAACUGCAGAUCCCCUGAUCCUGCAACAUGCAACUUGGACAAUGGAAGGCGAGGGACCCCAAGAAGGAGGAUAAACCAGGGGAGAAACCGGGGAGUUCAAAAGAGAAACCAACGAAGCAUCUGCCCAAAGGUGACGAAAAAAAGAUGGAGCAGGAUCCAGGGACAGCGCGCAAUGAAAAGGCGGUCUACGAUGCCAAGGUAAAUCUCCUAUGCGGUGGUUUCUUUGCGAUGUUGGACUGCAGCCCCCAACCGGAGGAGGCAUUCCACCCCAACUCGCACGAGUGCUACAUCGCGAGGGAGUGGCUCAGAAAACUGACAUUUAUGAACUGCAACACAGUGUUCAAGGCGCGCAUACGCAAAGCGUACAUGAGUGCAUUGCUUGAGUGCUUCAAUCAGGGGCGCCUCUUCGGGAUCUUGAAGCAGAUGCCCCCGGAAGAACUCAAUUGGAUGGACUUUCCGGACACCACGUAUCAUGCGUCGAGGCAGAAGUUUGAUACGUGUAGGGGCAUGCCACAGAACUGUUCUUUAGAGGACACAAUGGGUUUGGGUAGUCCUCAGUCUUCAAGCGAACAGUCACGGGAAGCGGUGGAUAGACAACAGCGUUUCAUGGAUGAAUCAGAAGAAUUUAUGAUAGAACAUCAGGUAUUUAGGACCGAAGAACCUCAGAGUUUCCAGCAACAGCCACGGAGAUACCAGGAACAGUCACGGACGGAAACCUUCUACGAUCCUACCACCUUUCCACCACCGCCCCAUGUGGGUCAACAGUCGGGCUCCUACUACAAGCCCUCGCACGUGAAAUUCGACACCUUCGGGGCGCCCCCUCGCUUCAUUGCGGAAAGGAAAGAUGGAAAAGAAUUCUCCCCAUCAGGUGCAGAAGGAGGAGGUGUGCCAGUUGAGGAUUUUGAUACUGCCAUUAUAGAGGCCCCUCCUGAUCCUCAUUCUGCUAUGCCCACACGUUCGAUUCUUAAGCAUAGCUGCAUCAACAAUCGGAAGACGCCAGUAUCCUUCAACGACAAACCAUGCUUUGAUGAUGACAGAAGGCCUAAAACUUCAAUACAAUCCUAUAGAGCGCAGUUCCCAAGCCGGAAAGAGUGCGGGUUCAAGGGAUCGAAUCAAAAGAAGCAGAAAAAUGGCACCCAGACGAAUCAGAGCAGGCCAGAGGCCUCCGGGGAGGAGUAUGAUAGAGUGAAAAUAAUUCGAACUGUGACAACAAACCGCCGUUGCAACAGGACCUUCCUUAUGGAGUGCAUUCGUCGCGAGCUGCGCGGUGAAACAUCCGAGGGAGCAAACGACUAUCUGGAGGGUGAAAUAGAGCGCUACAAGACAUUUUCCCAAAAAUACAGCUGCAACGAUCCCGAAUACAAGGAGAAAAUGCUCGGAGGGGAUCCUAAUGCGCAGAGGACAUACCUGUUGCUCAAUAUGCAACAGGAUUUGACCAAAUUUUUGACCCUUUGAGAGGGAAAGAAAGAGAACAACUUA